CUGAUAUUAUUUAGCAUAUACUUUAAUGGGUUAAUUCAGGUAAAAUCGCUCUUUAAGGUAACAAUUUCAGAUACAGUGGCAGGUUUUUCAUUCAUACACUAAUAAGUGACAAAUGGAAAUGACAGACAGUUACGUGGCAAAGAAUCGAAUUAUGAACGAAUGGUGUGAGGGGCUUCAAGAUGUUCAAUGACGGAGAAGGAGGGGGUCAGUUUGACGUCAGUCAAGAUAAAUUAUCUCUAUAAAUAAGGGGGAAAGAAAGCUACAGAUGGAAGUAAGUAACCAGUACUCCCAAGAGAGCACAGUAAGAUACCUUCAUCUGUCCCGCGCGCGCGUCAUCUGAAUAUGCCGAAUUCAAGCAGCUCCACAUCUUCCACAAAGAGCAUCCGGAGAGCUGCGUCUGAACUCGAGCGCUCAGAUUCUAUCACGGUUUACAUAGACUGCAUUGAAGUUCUUAUGCGCUUUUGGAGAUGUAAAUCACCUCCAUCUGAUGUCCAACAGUCUCAGAAGUUUGUGGGAAGGCGGCAGAGUUUGAUCGAGGAUGCGCGUAAGGAGCGCGAGGCGGCGGCAGCGGCGGCUGAGGCUGCGGGACUCAACGAGCAGAUCGUGUUCGAGGAGAGCGAUGGAAAAGCCUUUCUCAGUGUCUUCUUCUCUCUGAGGAGUUCAAAGAGCCCAGCGCUGUCCCGCACUCUCAAGGUCUUUGAGACAUUUGAAGCCAAGAUCCACCAUCUUGAGACCAGACCCAGCCGAAAACCAAAGGACGGCUUGGAGGAUCUGGAGUAUUAUGUUCAGUGUGAGGUGCACCUUUCAGACGUCAGUACGCUGGUCAGCUCUCUAAAGAGAAGUGCAGAGGACGUCAAAACCACAAAAGAGGUCAAAUUCCAUUGGUUUCCCAGAAAAAUUGCUGAAUUGGAUAGAUGCCAUCAUCUUGUUACCAAAUUUGAUCCCGAUCUGGAUCAGGACCAUCCAGGAUUCACUGACCCUGUUUACAGAAAACGACGGAAGAUGAUUGGAGACAUUGCCUUCAAAUAUAAACAUGGAGAAUCGAUUCCUAGAGUUGAGUAUACGGAAGAGGAGAUCGGAACAUGGCGAGAAGUGUACUCCACCCUCAGAGAUCUGUACACAACCCAUGCCUGUAGUGAACAUUUAGAGGCUUUCCGGUUACUGGAGAAACACUGUGGCUACAGUCCCAAUAACAUCCCUCAGCUGGAGGAUGUGUCCCGCUUCUUAAAAGAGCGCACAGGAUUUCAGCUGAGGCCAGUGGCAGGACUCCUCUCUGCGCGAGACUUUUUGGCCAGCCUGGCCUUCCGUGUGUUCCAGUGUACGCAGUACAUACGGCACGCCUCCUCCCCCAUGCACUCCCCUGAACCGGAUUGUGUCCAUGAACUUCUUGGACAUGUGCCGAUAUUGGCUGAUAGAACAUUUGCACAGUUUUCUCAGAGUAUUGGUCUGGCCUCUCUUGGAGCUUCUGAGGAAGAUAUUGAGAAACUGUCAACACUGUAUUGGUUCACGGUGGAGUUUGGACUGUGUAAGCAAGGAGGGAAGAUCAAAGCGUAUGGGGCAGGACUGCUGUCGUCUUUUGGCGAGCUGGUGCACUCUCUCUCAGAUGAGCCAGAGAUACGGGAAUUUGACCCGGACAUUGUAGCUGUUCAGCCAUACCAAGACCAAACGUACCAGCCCGUCUAUUUUGUGUCGGAGAGCUUCACAGAUGCUACAGAGAAACUGAGAGCGUACGUGACCCGCAUCAAGAGACCGUUUUCUGUGCGGUUUGACCCGUACACAGACAGCAUAGAAGUGCUGGACAACCCUCUGAAGAUCCAGCAAGGGCUGGAGACCAUCAAAGACGAACUGAAGAUUCUCACGGACGCACUGAAUGUGUUGGCUUGAUCCUGCCACGAGGAGCCAAUCAGCUCUCCCGUUCCUCUAUGCUUCACAUGUGACGUCGUUCUCAUCGUUAUGCUGUGUGUCUUUGUCUAUAUCUGCUGCUACAGACGUCGUUGCUUUUAAAACACUGAGUGCCAACUUCAAAACCUCAUGUUGGAACUUGAUACCACAAACCUUAAAGGGAUAGUUCACCCAAAAAUGGAAUUUCUAUCAUCAAUUACUCACCGGUUCCAAAAAAGUUCGCAUUUCUUUCUUCUGCCGAACAUCAAUAUUUUGAAGAAAGUCUGUAACCAAACAUUUUAAACAAACUUCAAUUGUAUAGUCAAAACAUACAAUGAAAGUCAAUGGGAACCAAAAUUUCUUCAAAAUUUUCUUUCAUGUUCCACAAAAGAAAGUCACACAGAUUUUUAGAACGACGAGAGUAAAUGAUGACAGAAUUUUUAUUUUUGAUCUCUGGAUUAAUGGAUCACUCUGUGACUAAAGAGAAAUUGUGUCAACUUGACAUAUAAAUUAUACCCAGUGUAAAUUAAGCUAUUAAGGGGCCGUUUACACGACACCAUUUUCAACUAAAAACGGAAAACUUUUUAUGCGUUUUAGUCACUCAUUUAUAUGACAACGGCAUUUUGGGGGCCUGAAAACUCCAAUUUAUGAAAACAUGUUUUAAAGUGCAAGUUUUUGAAAACAAUACUGUUAUUGUCUCCGUGUAAACUACAAAAACGGUGACGUCAUACGCAUGUGUAUUACCAAAGUCCCAUUCAAGUAAAGUCUGUUCAUUCGGCGGCCAUAUUUGCAACGCCUCCGGGCAGCUAUUUUGGACAUCCAAGACCAAGCCCUAUCUAUUUGAAUGGGGGAAUCCUGAAAUCUCAAAAACUGCUUUGCGAACUCACAAUUAAAUUACAUAUUUCAAAUCAGCAACAAAAUCUGACAUGAACUGUCCCAUUAAUGUUGUUUCUUAUGCUCAAAUAGCGUUAAAAAAGCUUAUUUUUUCAGGCUAGACGCGCCAAUGUGCAUGUGCGAGUCCUCUUUCACUAUUGUAUGAUGUUUAUUACAUUAAGUGCACAAAAACAAGCUUGAAAUAUAAAAUGAAUGCCUAUGUUUUGCAUAAUAAAACAAACUAAAAACAGAUAUUGGAAGCAAAAAACAUACAUAAUAUAAUAUAAGCUAAGCUAGCAGGCUAAUUGGGUAGAUGUAUGCUAUGCUAGUACAUAAGCUAACUAAAAAACAGUAAGAAAGAGAAAUGCUUGAUUUCACAACCUAUAGCUUCAGUUAUAUACUAGUAGGUUAUAUGAACCUUGUAAUUUAUAAUGGUCAUUAUAAUGCAUUUUAAAAGAUAUAAAUCAUAACAUGAUUUUGCAGGAAUUAUAAUCAGGCGCUAAAAAUACAUCCCAUUAAAAGUCCGUUGAACAAAUGGGAUCACUCGGAGUCCUAAAGGAGACCCGAUUCCUGGGGGGAAAUCGAUUUCUCACCACCCCGGAGCCUCAAACGACAGCUGCUGUGACGCAGUGACUUUAUCAAUCAGCCAUUGGCUCUUUUACUUAGAAGGCGGGGCGUAUUCUGCCAUAUUGCACGUUGCAGUUUCUCCCAUUCAUAACUAAUAGGAGAGAACCGUAUUUCUAUAGUCGUUGGUAUUACGUGUUCAGUCUAAAGGCACAUAGUGUUUCUUUACAAAGUAACAUCGCCAUCUACUGGCCUGGCAGCAGAAUACAAUCAUUUUUACAGAUCCGUGUGAACGGGGUUCGAUUUGACUGUAUGAGAAAACACAAAGGAAAACGUUUUCCGUUUUUUGGUACAUCAUUGACGGGUAAACGUACCCUGAAGCUAUUGAAGACAAAAAUUAUUUAUGAAAUAUCACCAGAUGAAGCACUAUACAAAAAAAAUAAAUAAAAUAAAAUAAAUAAAUAAAUAAUAAAAUAUAAAAAUAUGUACAGUAUAUAAUCAAAUAUGUAUAAUCAAUACAAAUUGAAUGUAUGAGUAUUCCAAAUAUAUUCCAAAAAUAAUACAUUGAGCUGAUGUAUUGUCGUACAGAUGGUAGAAAUAUUUUAUUAAUAACAGCGAAUCAUUCAUAAAAAAUACUGGCCUACUGAUUGGUGCCUGUUUAUAUUCAUCUUUCUCCAGAAAAUAUGAAACAUAAAUACUAGUCUAUCUCUGCAAACAAUGGCAUUAAAGUGAAAUAAAGUUGCAAGAAAACUGCGUAAUGCAAAUUGGAUAUUAUGUGCUAUAUUAUAAAGAAAUAUCUUUGAAAAAUA